AUGCACGCAAAAUGUGACCAGGACAAGGAAGAAAAUCAAGCCUCACAUGACAACAAUGAUUCUGAUAAAGGAGCAGAAUGUACAUUUUGGACUGCUCCUGCCAGAAGAAUCAAAGUCAAGAGCUUGCAUGGUACUCCUCCUUCGUCACCUGACACGAAGACUGUCCAUGAAGGGAAAGGAGAAGUUCAUAAAUAUUUUUGGCAAUCCAGGAAUGAUGGAAAAUAUGACCAGAAUAAGCAAGGAAAUCGAACCUUGCUAGACAGCAGUCAUUCUGAUAAUGAAGCAGAAAAUGUAGUUUGGAACACUUGUCCAAAAAAUAUGAAAGUAAAGAGCUUGCAUGGUACUCCUCCUACUUCACGUGGCAAGAAGAAUGCCCCUGAAGAAAAAGAAGAAGUAUGUGAAAACUUCCGGCCAUCCAGGAAUCAUGGUAAAAUCGACCUCGGGAAACAAGAACACCGAGAAUUGCUGGACAGCAAUCAUACCAAGAGUGAAAGAGAACAUGAGGUUUCCACCUCCCAUUUAAUACAUACCACGAAGAAGGGCUUGCGUGAUGCUAACCCUUCAUCACCUGACCCCAAGAAUGCCCCUGAAGAAAAAGAAGAAGUAUGUGAAAACUUCCGGCCAUCCAGGAAUCAUGGUAAAAUCGACCUCGGGAAACAAGAACACCGAGAAUUGCUGGACAGCAAUCAUACCAAGAGUGAAAGAGAACAUGAGGUUUCCACCUCCCAUUUAAUACAUACCACGAAGAAGGGCUUGCGUGAUGCUAACCCUUCAUCACCUGACCCCAAGAAUGCCCCUGAAGAAAAAGAAGAAGUAUGUGAAAACUUCCGGCCAUCCAGGAAUCAUGGUAAAAUCGACCUCGGGAAACAAGAACACCGAGAAUUGCUGGACAGCAAUCAUACCAAGAGUGAAAGAGAACAUGAGGUUUCCACCUCCCAUUUAAUACAUACCACGAAGAAGGGCUUGCGUGAUGCUAACCCUUCAUCACCUGACCCCAAGAAUGCCCCUGAAGAAAAAGAAGAAGUAUGUGAAAACUUCCGGCCAUCCAGGAAUCAUGGUAAAAUCGACCUCGGGAAACAAGAACACCGAGAAUUGCUGGACAGCAAUCAUACCAAGAGUGAAAGAGAACAUGAGGUUUCCACCUCCCAUUUAAUACAUACCACGAAGAAGGGCUUGCGUGAUGCUAACCCUUCAUCACCUGACCCCAAGAAUGCCCCUGAAGAAAAAGAAGAAGUAUGUGAAAACUUCCGGCCAUCCAGGAAUCAUGGUAAAAUCGACCUCGGGAAACAAGAACACCGAGAAUUGCUGGACAGCAAUCAUACCAAGAGUGAAAGAGAACAUGAGGUUUCCACCUCCCAUUUAAUACAUACCACGAAGAAGGGCUUGCGUGAUGCUAACCCUUCAUCACCUGACCCCAAGAAUGCCCCUGAAGAAAAAGAAGAAGUAUGUGAAAACUUCCGGCCAUCCAGGAAUCAUGGUAAAAUCGACCUCGGGAAACAAGAACACCGAGAAUUGCUGGACAGCAAUCAUACCAAGAGUGAAAGAGAACAUGAGGUUUCCACCUCCCAUUUAAUACAUACCACGAAGAAGGGCUUGCGUGAUGCUAACCCUUCAUCACCUGACCCCAAGAAUGCCCCUGAAGAAAAAGAAGAAGUAUGUGAAAACUUCCGGCCAUCCAGGAAUCAUGGUAAAAUCGACCUCGGGAAACAAGAACACCGAGAAUUGCUGGACAGCAAUCAUACCAAGAGUGAAAGAGAACAUGAGGUUUCCACCUCCCAUUUAAUACAUACCACGAAGAAGGGCUUGCGUGAUGCUAACCCUUCAUCACCUGACCCCAAGAAUGCCCCUGAAGAAAAAGAAGAAGUAUGUGAAAACUUCCGGCCAUCCAGGAAUCAUGGUAAAAUCGACCUCGGGAAACAAGAACACCGAGAAUUGCUGGACAGCAAUCAUACCAAGAGUGAAAGAGAACAUGAGGUUUCCACCUCCCAUUUAAUACAUACCACGAAGAAGGGCUUGCGUGAUGCUAACCCUUCAUCACCUGACCCCAAGAGUGUUUCUGAGCCUCUUCCACUGAGCUAUGUUGGCAAGUUUACUGCGGCUGAAGAUCAAAGAGCUGAACAGAAAAUAAAUAAACAUAAAGAAGAUGAUCUUGGUACAUCUUCUCACAGGAAUAGAUUGAGAACAGCAAACAUAGCUCAGCUAGAUGAUGCAAGAAUUUUAGGCACACUGGUGUCCAAUGCAG